GCAUAGCAUACCUCUACCUCUACGCCUUCUCCCCUCUGCUGCAAUCUCUCUCUCUCUCUCUCUCGCUCGAAAACCCUUGGGAAAGCAAACCACAUUCUCCCCGAUCCUCUUCCAAAUCCCAAGUGCGAUGAAUUCGACUCUCUCUUCCUCAUCCACAUUCAAUUUCACUAAACCUCCUUCCUUCGCGCUCCUCAGUCGACCUCCUCCUUCAAUCCUCCGCUUCCCCACUCCCAAGCCUCAGGAAGAUUCCUCUCUCCGUCGAAACACAAUCAGGGCUUGUUCCGUUGCUGACUCCGGCAAUCCCCCGAAGAACCCAAUUCUCCAAAAGCUCCAAAACUGCGCCGGAGCCGCCGUCCUCGUGGGAGCCGCGGUUUCCUUCGUCUUUAGCAGCGAGAAAUCUGCGGCGAGAGCUGUGCCUCCUCCUGCAAAUGUUGAAACGGAGCAAUCUCCGAGUCUUGAAGAGAUCCAAGGACAAGUCCAGGAAGGCCAAGAAUCCCAGCCCUCGCCGUUGACGGAGCUCCUUGGAUCGGACCCCGAGUCGGUCGACGCAAUGAGGAAGCUUUUGCAGCAGAAGCUCGAGAGCGGAGAGGACCAGGAGGCUCUCAAGAUAUUGCGGCGUUUGGUUGCCGCUCAGCCUGAGGUGACUGAAUGGAAGUUCUUGCUGGCAAGGUUGUUGGGCGAGAUUGGAGACACCGAAAAUGCCCGCAAAGUGUUCGAGGAAAUUCUUGCGGCAAACCCGCUUUCAUUUGAGGCCCUAUUUGAGAACGCUCUGUUGAUGGACCGGUGUGGAGAGGGAGAGGCUGUCAUUAAGCGGCUGGAUGAGGCGCUGAGGAUCGCGGAGGAGGAGAACAAGGCAAAGGAGGCGAGGGAUGUGAGACUGAUAAUGGCGCAGAUACAGUUCCUGCAGAAGAAUGUGGAAGGGGCUUUGAAGAGUUAUCAGGACUUGGCUAAGGAGGAUCCUACUGACUUCAGGCCCUAUUUUUGUCAGGGGAUGAUAUAUAGCUUGCUUGAUAAGAAUGCAGAGGCAAGGGAGCAAUUCGCCAAGUACCGCGAACUCUCGCCAAAAAAGUUUGACGUCGAGGGUUAUCUGAGGACACCACUAUCCCGGAUGAAGCUGUUCGGGACAGAUGAGGCCAACUGAGUUUCGGCGUCUGGUACUCUUAGCUCUUUCAUCUUUUUUUGAAAUAAGGUAGGUUGGGGAGAUGGUACAUUCUCGACACCUAAUUUGGAGCAGGAUUUGGGUAAUCUCCGGAUUCUUGGCAUAUGGUCAGUUGUAGUUUUCGUUAUCUUGUAAUUGCUUCACUAGUAAUUUGAAAUGGAGAGGUAACUCUAGAGAACUUAUGAGGCGUUAUAGAGGACGAACAGUGUGAUCAGAGUUGAUCACUUAAUAAUUUAGGCUCUAUUUACACA